AUGAUAAAUUUGGUCACAAGCAUACUAUAUUCCACAUAUGGAAGAAAUUCAAGAAAUUUUUAUUUCAAAACAUUUUUAUUUUUUGCGAAUUAUUUGAAUUUCGUUUGUCUUAUAUUAAAGAAGAUAUCUUGUCUAUUCAACAGAGAAAACUAUAGAGAACUAUGCAGCCUGUGUAAUAUUAAAUCAGAAAAUUAUAAUGGACUCCAGAAAGAAAGUAAAAAUUUGAACCUUUUGAAUUUUGCCCGUUUUACCAACUUGGAAAUUCUAAAUAAUUCCCUACUUGAAAAAGAAACUGAAAUAAACGAUCAACUAUCUACCCAACUUGAGGAUUCUGAGGAGGACGAAUAUAACUUUGACUUCAUUGACAUCGUUCAACAAAACGGUUUCGAAGAAUAG